AUGCGGAUACCGAGGACGACAGUCAGCCAAAAAUGCCUCUUUUUCCCAGCCCUCGAUCACAUCUGUGAGUAUAAAUAUGAAUUGUUUUCCACCUGUGCAAGCACUCGCACCAUGUUGUCUUCUGCUGCUUUUGUCCUCUUACUUUCGAACAUUGCCGCUGCUCAAUACGGCUAUGGUGGAGGUGGAGCUUCGACACCGACAACGACCCAAGCAGUAGCAGUCCCCAUUCCAUCCGCCCCAGCCGACUCCCCUGGAAAACACAACAUCAACGUUGCUGCUGGGGGUAACUUUGUGUUCGACCCACCAACAAUCAAUGCCACCAAAGGCGACACAGUGACUUUUUGGUUCCCCAGUGGAAUACAGCACUCGGUUACACAAAGUUCCUUUGCCAAUCCAUGCACAUAUCUUGCCGCCUCAAGCAACACCAGUGCUGGUUUUGACUCGGGCUUAACUGCUGGAACUCAAUUUACGAUUACCAUUGAGGACGACACCAAACCCAUCUGGUUCCAUUGCAAACAGAUCACCCACUGUGGCUUGGGCAUGGUUGGGAGCAUUAAUCCGACAGCAAACCUCACUCAGGACGCGUUUGUUGCAGCAGCCAAGGCCAUCGGGAGCAAUGAAAAGGCUGAAAGCGACGCUGGAUUUGUCAGUGGAGGAGCCAAUGCGCUUGCCUCCGCCGCUCCAUCAAACACGGGAGUUGGACCAACUCCUUCAACCGCACCAUCAAGCUCCAUGGGCAAACCGAGCUUGAGCAUGGGAGCAGUUAUAUUGAGUUUGGCACUGGCUAUGUUUUCUUUGUGGACUAUUACCAUGUUCAAACAGUUGAGCGCGCCUUUCCGUCUGCCGGAUUCAGACAAGCUUGGCUUCAGGACUAGUCCUGGUGGAAUUGCAAAGCUGGUUUCCGUUCGGAACAUCUCAGAGACAGACAGUUAUUGGAACCAGUACACAAUCCUCUUCGACUCUCCUUCCGACGUAUUCUCCCUCAUCACCCCCCAUGACAUCCGCCGAGCACUUGCUGAGGCUCCCGAGAACAUAGCAACUCUAGUCCGCUUCAUCAUAGCGCGACUGUCAACUCUCAUUUCAGACCAUACAUUCCCCACCCCGCCAAAUGCAUCCGUAGCUGCCUUCGCCUCUUCAUUGAUACCAGGAACCAGCUCUAGCAGUGAAAGGAAUACUACAACCCAAGUCCUCAACUGUCUUCGCAUUCUUCAACGAGUAUUGCCCAUCGUCUUCGAAGUAGACGGGGAAACAAGUCCGUUUGAACUUGAACUAUUCUGGAAGAGAGAACCAGCACCGGAGAGUACUCCGCUUGAAGCCUCCCAGUUCGUCAUUCAGGAUGAGGACGAUAGUGACAACGAGACACGCGAGGCCACACAGCCAGUCAGUAUCAACAAACCAUCGCCCUCCCUGGCCGAGCGCUUGUUUGAUACUUUAAUUGACCUUAUGUUCUGCUACGGUUUUACCUUACCCUCCAAAACCCACGCAGAGCCUCACAAGAUUGCGCAUAUAAUCUGGGAAACCGGCAUUGGCUCAACUUCUGAUCUCGGACCGAACCAUGCCCUCGACAACAAUAAAACAGAGGUCUUGCGCUUACUUCUUGUCCUGCUCUCUCGCCAAAUUUAUGUGUCCCCUGCUUCAUUAUUGUCCAAGCCUUCGGAAUACACAAUACAUAUGGUUCAACGCACGCCCCGCAGAGACGUCCUGACCAUCCUGUGCUCCUUGUUAAAUACGGCCAUGAACUCUCCUCAGGCGACUUCCAUGAAUCUUGCUGGUAUGGCAGGGAGGUUACCAUAUAACCAUCUGGUCUUCAAGGGCGAAGAUUCUCGGUCGAAUCUCGUUGGCAUCUGCCUACAAGUGCUCUGUGUGUUGCUAGACUUCCAGAGUGGUUCCUGCCGAGAUAGACCAAUCGCGACUGACGACUUGAAUGGCUCCGCCCCAGCUGCAAGGUCAAACUCUUUCCGCUACUUCCUAAUGAAACUGCACCGCACACAAGACUUUGGCUUUGUUGCUGAUGGGAUCAUGGGCAUCCUGGAACAACAAAUGGCUACGAUGAAUAUUCUGUUGCCUGGCGCCAAGAAACCCGUUCCGUAUAUAAACGAGACAGUCAUUCUGUUUUGGAAGAUGAUUGAGCUCAACAAAAAAUUUCGUGCCUUUUUGUUCGAAUCUGAUAGAGGCAUGGAUAUCAUUGGUUAUCUCCUGUGUUAUGCGCUGGAAAUCAAGGACAAACCACAUCAACACGGACUUUGUCGAGCACUCUCUUACAUAGUCCAAACACUUUCAGCCGAGCCUGGCUUCGGCCCGCGCCUUCUGAAGACCAUUAAAGCACAAACGGGCACCAAGUGGAAUGUACCAGGGACCGCCGCUGAUUUUAUCAUCCAUGCAAUCUACUCGAUGGUCGCAACAACUUCAGGCCAGUUGAAUGCUCUCUAUCCGGCUCUCAUUAUCGCACUGUCAAAUUCGGCACCCUACUUCAAAAAUCUUACCGUGACUGCGUCAACGCGUCUGCUACAACUAUUCACAUCCUUUUCAAACGCACUGUUUCUACUUUCAGACGAAGGCCACCCCCGACUUUUAUUCUUCAUGCUGGAAGUAUUCAAUGCUGUCAUUCUCCACAAUCUUCGCGACAAUGCAAAUCUAAUUUAUGGCAUCUUAUCUGCUCACCAAGUCUUCGAAGACCUUGGAACAUUUACCUUAUCACGUGGGCUACGUCGGGUUCAACUUGCAAAGGAGGAACAAACUCGAAGUGCAGCCAUUAAGGGCAAGGGCCCUCAAAGAAGAGAAGAUGACCCGACAGAAAAAAUCAAGGUAUCCCAAGAAGAUAGCCCACCACCUUCCCUUGCACAAGAACCCCAACGUCCAACAGAAUCGUCCACGUCAGAGACUGAACCGACAUCCGAGAAGGCCCGAGGAAAAAUGAGAGAGCGAAGGUCGCAAUCGCUUGAUACAAAUAGCAGUGCCGAUCGCAUCGCAGCUGCAGGUGUGGGGAGAAAUGGAUUUGUACCCAGUCAGGAGUGGGUCACUUCGUGGCAACAAGGACUCCCGCUGGAUGCUGUCAUGUUGCUAAUAUCUGAGCUUCUGCCUAAAGUUCAGGAAAUGCAGACCAGUCGACACAGAGCAACGUCAACAUCGGCCAUUGUGGAAUACCUAGGUACCAUUUCGCUGGCUGACGUUCUACCGCCAGUGCCCCCAAUUAUGCCGCGGCGUUUCCUUUGGUCAGACGCGUCCAUCGUCUGGUUAACCUCAUUGAUAUGGGGUGAAAUCUAUGUCAAGGCCAUGGCGCCUUUGGGGUUGUGGAAUGCCACUAAUGUACGAUUAUUCUACGUAAAACACGCGCCGUCGCAGCAGCGGCAACUAACAGAGGCCGUGUCGAAUGUUGUGGGAGGGCUUUUAGGAAGGUCGGCGCCGGUAGAAACACUCACACCCACCUCAGGUUACCCCGGCAUUCCCCCAGGCCCUGACCGACCCCAAGCUGCCGUUAAAGGCGCGAUUGAAGUCCGAACGGGGCCUCAAGGAGCCAAAGCAAAAUGGGUUCGCAUUGAGUUGCGAAAGGUGGAGACACUACCGGGCGGCGGAGUCGUAAAUACGUUCCACGACUUUGUCGGUCCGAGUCCAGUUAACCUUUGGACGUCGAGCGAAGAGUAUGGCCUUCUCCGUUCUCAAGACUUUCCUUUUUCCAUCCGUAUUCCCGAGUCCAUUCCUCCCAGUAUCGAUUUGCAAAAUAAAGCCGGCAUCAGUUACGAGCUUGUUGCCAGCGUUUGCACCAAGGGCAAAAAGGGCUUUCUUCGAAAGCGCAAGUCGGUCGUUGUUUCAACUCAAGCCGAUAUUUUAAUCGACAAGCACGAGCUGCAUUCAACAUGGCCCGUUUAUUGCCAACUAGAGAGUCGAAACAUGACCUCAGAAGGUGUCACUCUUAUCGUCGAACGCAACGCGACGUGCUAUGGGCCAGGCGACAAAAUCUCGAUUUUCGCAACCGUCAAGUCAGACGCCCUGCAUACCGUUAUUCUUCGUGGCUUCGAAUUGACUCUGAAAGAAUCGACCGUAUACCGCGCUGGCCCUUACGCUUCCGGGAAGAAAAGUGCACCCCAAGUUCGCGUGUUGACCAUUAGUGAAAAUAAACUGGCCGUCAAUGCUACACUUUAUGGAGGGACGCAACAUCGUGCUGAACUGGCUUGUAUGAUCUCCCCAGACCAUACCACAACAACAUUGAACGCUGCCCGCCAUAUCGACAUUAAUUACACUCUUAGUGUCAAAGCGCUCAUGGGAACUGGCACCCCCUUGAUCAUGGACCUGCCUUUGAUCAUAUCAAACUGGCAGCGAACGGUGUCCAUGGAAGCUAUCCGGCGAAUCGGCCCUGUGCCGAGUCUCUCUCUGUUCUCCCCCAACUCCCCUCGACGAGAUGACACUCAACCUCAAACAUUCUCAGGCCGCGACAACAGACCCACGGUUUCAACCAAUGCAUAUAAUACAAUGCCUGUCACACAGUCACUGCCAGUCGACGACUUUGGUUACACUAAAAAGCACAAGACUACCAAUUCGAGGUCUAGUGAGGAGGAUGCGACAAGAUCAGGGUCAAGCCGACGUCCGGGCAGCGCGGACAGAAAUCGUUUGACGAUCACCAAUGGUCUCGAUAAUGGCAGAAGACCAAAGGAAACGAAGCCGUCUAGUGCUUGGCCCACGGCAGAGGAAGAAAAGCAGCGUUUAUACGAAAACGCCAAAAUCCGUGUUCACGAAACUCAGAAAGCUGCUGCACAGUCCAGUGGUCCGGCACAGCCAGUUCCCGCCACCACACCUCCACGUCGAGGGGAUGCUUCGUCUAACCGUUGGCCAACAGCAGAAGAGGAAAAAUUGCGUCUUUACAAUGACGCUCAGGAAGCUGUAACCCGCACGCAAGGGACAGGGUUCUACUCUGACACGAACCAAGCCGGGGCAUCUUCUCACGGACGCAGUCUCUCAAACGAUGCGAGUGACAACUACCGACCUGCUGAACCGAAGCCGACUGCAGCCAAAGUUCCACAAUAUAUGACUGCUGAGCAAGAGAAAGCGGCUCUGAGGCGGUACCACGAAGCGAAAGAAGCGGUGGGGCGGGUGCAAGGCUAUUCAAACGAUGGCUCCGCUCCCUCAGCAUCGAGUCCUAUUGCAUACGACUCGCUAUUCCCUGGUCAGCAGAUUGCUGCCUCUGGGUCGGGUGUAAAUGGUCAAACGGAUUCGCCCCCGCCGUUUGAAGCAGGAGCUAAUAGUCAAAUGUCGGCUCUUUCAGAAAAAGAACGACUAAGACGCGCUUACGCAGCGCAAGAUGCAGCUACUGUCGAGGCACCGCCACCAUUCUCUGGCCUUUCAGAGAAAGAGAUAAUCCAACGCAAGUUUGACGCCCAAGAUGCUCAAGCUCGGCAAAAUACUGGAGCUCCCAGUCCUCCACCCCGAACUAUGUCGCCAGUUGGUCGCCCCAAACCAGCGCCACCAGCCGGCUCGCGAAUCUUGACUGCCGCUGAAGAAAAGGCACUCCUCAAGGCAAAAUAUGAUGCCGAGAAUGCCUCCACCCCCCUGACCAAUGGCAACGCAGUCCAUACAAAUGGAGGUGGGCUCAGUUCGCCAUCCUCAUCAGUGUCCGCGCCUUCAACCCCUCCGAUUCCCCCGCCCUUGAUGCCCCGCCCGCCUGCGGAAUAUAUCCAGGAGACACAAGAGGAAGAUGCUCGCGUGUCGCGGUUCGUGACCACCAACACGAUUCCGUCCAUCGAUGAAGACCCUCUUCCAACUUCCCUCUCACACUCACCUUCUCUUGUUCGUAAAUCUACGUUAACUCCCGGUCUGGAUGUCGCUCCUUUCACCCCAUUUACCCCAGGUUUUGAUCCUAAAGUACCAGGACCCCCUCCGCCACUGCCUCCGAAACCCGCGGAAUAA